GCCGCACCGACCGCCUCUGCGGCGCGAUGGACUCCGGCAGCGAGACCCACGAGAUGAACGGGCUGGCGGAGAGCGCGGAGCCGGCGCUCGGCGAGCGGCACAGAACAUCACAGUGGUUUCAAAGAAAUGGACCUAUGAAUAUCAACCACUAUGCAAAUAAGAAAAGUGCUGCAGAGAGCAUGUUGGACAUUGCCCUGCUGAUGGCCAAUGCAUCCCAGCUGAAAGCCGUGAUAGAGCAAGGACCUUCUUUUUCCUUCUUCAUCCCACUUAUUAUUCUUAUCAGCCUGUCACUCACACUGCAAGUUAUCGUGGGAGUACUCCUGAUAUUCCUUGUAAAAUAUGACCUUAACAACCCUGCAAAACAUGGAAAGCUGAAUUUCCUCAACAACCUUGCAACUGGACUAGUAUUUAUUAUAGUAGUUGUGAAUAUUUUUAUCACUGCCUUUGGAGUGCAGAAGCCAGUUGCUGAGUCAGCUUCAAGACAGUAAAUAAAAGAGACCUGAAGCAUUCAUUCUAGAUGCCAUUUGCACUUGAGCCAGUUACACUUGGACACGAUGGCGGGGGGGGGGGGGAAUACUCUGAAGAAGCUGGACACAUCAAGCAGCUUUCUCUGGUCUCCAACAAGCAGCAUAUUUGUGUACCUGGAAUUUUCCCAUGUGUUAAUAUUUAAACUGUUCAGCAUCUAAGGAAAGGUUGAUUUUGACUCAAGGACAUUGGUUUCUGGAAUACUGGCAUUUCCACUUCUGCAGAAACUAACUGAUUUUCAGAGAGCUCAUCAAAGAAGGUA